GAUCUCCCAGCGAGUGGAGGCCAGCCGGGCACAGCUUCAGGCAAUUGGGGAGAGGGUCACACUCGCCCAAGCGAAGAUUGAGAAGAUAAAGGGCAGCAAGAAGGCUAUUAAGGUGUUUUCCAGUGCCAAGUAUCCAGCUCCUGAACGGCUGCAGGAAUACAGUUCAAUUUUUGCUGGUGCAGAAGACCCAGCUAAACAGAAAUGGCCAAGACACAAGAUUCAGAGCAAACACCGAAUGCUGGAUGAGAAAGCUCUGCAGGAGAAGCUUAAGUACUUCCCUGUGUGUGUGAGCACCAAAAUUCACCAGGAGGAUGAUGCAGAAGAAGGUCUUGGCAGCCUCCCCAGGAAUAUCAGCUCCCUCAGCUCCCUGCUGCUGUUCAACACCACCGAGAACCUGUACAAGAAGUAUGUUUUUCUGGAUCCUCUGGCUGGAGCAGUGACCAAGACUCAUGUGGCUCUGGAAACAGAGACAGAAGAGAAGCUCUUUGAUGCUCCUCUUUCCAUCACCAAGAGGGGACAGCUGGACCGACAAGUAGCUGAAAAUUACUUCUAUGUGCCAGACCUGGGGCAGGUCCCUGAGAUAGAUGUGCCAUCCUACCUGCCAGACCUGCCUGGCAUUGCUGCAGAUCUCAUGUACAGUGCUGAUCUGGGCCCUGGCAUCGCACCGUCUGCCCCCAGCAGUGCUAUUCCAGAGCUCCCCACUUUCAACACCGAGUCAGUGGAACGUUUGCAACCAGACCUUCAAGAUGCUGAGCUGAUGCCACCACCUCCACCACCACCACCUCCACCACCACCUCCUGUUAUGCCAACUACUGUGCCUCCUCCGCCACCCCUGCCCCAGCCCACAGCCCCCUCUGAGCCAGCCCGGACAGCGAGCGAGGAGAGCAGCAGCGCCGUGCCUGCAGCUUCAGUCCAGGGAGCCCCAAAGGAGGUGGUGAACCCCUCUACUGGGCGUGCCAGUCUCCUGGAGUCCAUCCGCCAGGCCGGUGGCAUCGGGAAGGCCAACCUCCGCAGUGUCAAGGAGAGGAAGCUGGAGAAGAAGAAGCAGAAGGAACAAGAACAAGUGAGAGCUACGGGACAAGGUGGAGAUUUGAUGUCAGACCUCUUCAACAAGCUGGUGCUGAGGCGCAAAGGUAUUUCAGGGAAAGGGCCGGGAGCCUCUGGAAAUCCCGAUGCUCCUGGAAGUCCUGCUGGUGCCUUUGCUCGUAUGUCAGACUCAAUACCCCCGCUCCCACCACCACAGCAGCCCGCGGGUGAGGAGGAUGAGGAUGACUGGGAGUCAUAG